ACUUUCAAUAAAAAGAAAUAGAUGACAGAAAAUUAAAGAUGAUACGACGAAAUGGGACACUAUUAACAUGUAAUUUUAUAUGGCCACAACAACAAUCCUGUAAGAGUGUUAUUUCCUACAUGGUAGGGAAGUUUAAUUCAGUAUCAAGAUUUCUGCAGUCAAAAUGUUCCUCAAAACCAAAGAAAUAUAAUAAAAGACAAACAAAGAUUCUGGAGUAUAUAAAAACCUUUAAUGCAAACCUAGAACAAAAUAUUCCACAGCAAUAUGUAACUAUUGAUGGAAAAGCAACAGACUUAUACCUUAUAAAUGCAGAAACAGCUCAGCAAUUUACUUCAUUAAUCAAAGAUGAUCUGUUGAAAAAUGCAUCUCAUGUAAUAGAAUUAAACCCAGGUAUGGGUUUAUUAACAGAAGAAUUACUCAAAAUUGGUGUUCCAUAUGUACAUUUGUAUGAGGGACAAGUUGAAUUUUUUGAUACACUAAAUAAGCUAUAUGAUAAAUAUCCUGACCGAUUUAGUUUAAAUAAAGGAAAUCUUUUCCAUCUAUCAAAGACAAUGCAUGUAAAUUAUCGUUCUUACGGCUAUGAUGAUACAGACGAUUUACUAAUAAAUGUGCAACGAAACGAAUGGAACAAAGAAAGUUGUAUGCAACUUGUUGGUUCCACAUCUAGGCCCAUGUUUGUGAACCAUUUGAUAUUAAGUACAGUGUUUCGAACAUGUUUAAUGUCAAAGGGAAGACCAACUUUUUAUAUUGCUAUACUACCAUCUAUGUGGAGUAAAAUGACAAAACGGAAUCUAUCAUCUGUGAGACCAAAUUACAUUAUGUUCCAAACUAUAUUCAAUUACCAUGUUUUUGGAAAACUGGAUAGAAAAGCAUUUAUACCAUGGAACAGAAGCAUGACAAAAAAAGAUCUUAUGAAACCAGAAACGAUGUGCAACAUUGAUACUGAGGAUAUCUCCUUUCUGUAUCUAGUCAAAAUGGAACCAAAACAAGAAAUUCCUGUAGUCCUCAAUGGAAAAGAAGAUUUGUUCUACUUCUGGCAUUUUGUUCGACAGAAUUUCUAUAAACCAUCAAAUCGAAUAAUACCAACAUUGGAAAGAGUAAUACCAGGUUGUGGUGUGCGAUUAAUAGCUAAGGAUUAUAAUGUGUUUACUAUGUUCAAUGACUUGGAUAUUAAACAGAUACAGGAUCUUUUUUUGGAGUUUAGAUCUUGGCCAGAAUUUGAAGCAAGUGCAUUCACAUCAAGUGCAGAUCAGACUAAAUUAUGGUUCAGUAAUUAUUUAGAAGAAUAA